ACGUGACAUUGAAUACGGCGCAGUCAAUGAAUACUUGGAGUAGUUAACUACUGUUUGAAGCCACAGACUAAAAUAAGUACAGCACACACACUUCUCCAUAUUACUCUGGAAGCGUGUGAUUGCCUCGCCUGCUGGAAUGGCUCCAUACCUGAACUCUUCAUGCAAACCGCUGCUUCUGCUGUCUCUUUUUGGAGUUUGUUUCGCGAGAUUUGAAAGAUCAGAUGGAGUGAGGUCUGAACUCCGCAUCUUCCAUCAAUCGUGCGCCCUGAAGAAAGAUGAAGGGCCGUGCAAGGCAAUGAAGGACAGGUUUUACUUUGACAUCGACACCGGCCGUUGUGAGCCCUUUGAAUAUGGAGGCUGUCAAGGCAAUGCAAACAACUUUGAGACCCUGCAAGACUGCGAGGAAAUGUGUCUUGUGACAGAGAAUAAAAGUCCAUGUCAUCUGGAGGAUGAGCCGGGGCCAUGUAGAGGACUGGUGCCUCGCUAUUUUUUUGAUCAGAAGAGCCAGGAAUGCAAACAGUUCUUUUAUGGUGGAUGCUUUGGGAACGCCAACAACUUCAAGACCAUAAAAGCAUGCCAACAGAGAUGUCAGCUUACCGCUGUAUUAAAGUCAGAGGAAGAGGAAGCCAAACCUGUGAUAGAAUCUCCUGCUAUACAUGAUGAUGCUCAUUUGAACUCAUCCCAUUCAGCGCUGAGGAGAGUCUCCCAACCAGCUAAACAGGAAGCAGAGUUCAGUCCUCCAGAGUUGUGCAUGAGUGCAGUUGACCGGGGGGAUUGUGACGGCUCUGAGAGGAGAUACGUGUUCAAUCCUAGGAUUGGCAGAUGUCAAGUCUUUCGCUACUCUGGAUGUGGAGGAAACAAAAACAACUUCAUCCACAAAAGACACUGCAUGAAAAUGUGCAUGAAAGAUCAACACCGGAGAAAGCAAAUACGGAUAAAGACGAGGAACUCUAAUAUCUUAUUCCGAUCUGUCUAAACUAGAUUAUUUAAUGAAACCAAAACCUAAACCACUCUUUUAUCCACACUGUGUACAUCGUGUGCUGUGGUAGCAGUUUUAGUGACACAUAUUACAGUCAUGUAUAUAAUUAACACAAUUAAUAGAUUUUAAUCAGGCCUUCAGAUAUGUAAGCAUUCUACAUAUUUUAAAUGUAAAACAUAAUUAACUACUCUUUUCUGGUGAAAGAUAGGACACUUAAAUGCAAAUUCCUCUGCAUUAUAAAUACUCAUAUCUUGUCUUUGUUCACAAUGCCACUUAUGAAUCUAUUUAAUACUGAGUAUUUAUGCUUUUUUAUAAACAGUUGUUGAGGUUUCUAUAUACUUUUUCAUCUUUAUGUAAAAUUGUUCUGGUGCAUACUAAUUUGUUUUCUUCUUUGCACUCCAUAUAUAUCAGUUUUCAUUCUUCUCAUUGUUUGAAAUAACUUUUAUAUAUAUAUAUAUAUAUAUAUAUACACAGUUGAAGUCAGAAGUAUAUGCCCCCCUUUAAAUUGUAUUUCUUUUUUAGAUGUUUCCCAGAUGAUGUUUAACAGAGCAAGGACACUUUCACAGUAUUUCUGAUAAUAUUCUUUCUCCUGGAGAAAAUCUUAUUUGUUUUAUUUCAGCUAGAAUAAAAGCAGUUUUUUAUUUUUGAAAAAAACAUUUUAAGGUCAAUAUUAUUAGCCCCUUUGGGCUAUGUAUAUAUUGGAUUUGCCUAAUAACCCUAUCCUGCCAAGUUAACCCAAUUAACCCAGUUAAGCCUUUAAAUGUCACUUUAAGCUGUAUAGAAAUGUUUUGAAAAAUAUCUAGUAAAAGAUUUACUGUCAUCAUGGCGAAGAUAAAAUUAAUCAGUUAUUAGAAAUGAGCCAUUAAAACUAUUAAGUUUAGAAAAGUGUUAAAUAACCUUUCCUCCGUUAAACAGAAACUGGGGGAAAAAAUAAACAAGAGGGUCAAUAAUUCAGGGGGGCUAAUAAUUCUGACCUCAACUGUAUAUCCAGGACGCAGUGAUAAAUCAUCAUAUGUUGAGUUUAUGUAUUAAUGUACUACAUUUUGGAUUUGCAUGCAUUUUUGACUGCAUAACUAAAUUACUAACAUCUUUAACUUCCAGUAAGUAACAUGCUAUACAGUAGGACUUCUUAAUACAUGUGAGAAAAAAGCAAGCAGAUACACACACAAAAAAAAAACCCUUCUUAUAUGACUUGUUCUGUUUUCUACACAAGAUGGAGCUGUUACUCUUAAGAAGACAUAUUGGACUCCACUGACAGUGGUGAAAAUGCAUACUUAAAUAUGUACUCUUAUUAAACACUUUUAUUUGAA